AGAAUUGGGACAAAAGUCUGCUGAGGGAGAGAAAGGAGCUCUGGAGUUUAUUGUCAGUGCCCUGAAAGAGGAGGAUUAGGAGGAGGAGGAGGGGAUGAGGAGGAAGAGUGCUCGUCUCACUCCGUGCAGCUGAACUUGGACUGCGUGUCUAGAUCGCACAGAGUGCAGGAAGGGAAAUAUCCAGAUGAAAUGAUGCUGCAGGGACCCGACGAGGGACUGAGCCCUACCUGAAGCUCCCCCUUCCCUCCCUGGCCGCUCCCUUCUCCUGGCUCCCUGUCUGGCCGACACGCCGGCGGCCCGAGUCCUGGAGCGAGCCGUCCUGGAGUCGCGGGUCCGAGAGGUGGAGGAAGAGAACCGGCAGAUCCGGCUACAGCUCAGCCAAUCGCAAGGCACCGCCGCCCAGUCGCCGGAUGGUAACUAUGGCAACCAGCAGUGGGGAGCCUCUGCGGACACGGGGCAGGAGGACGGCGACAACACGGCGGAGGAAAAGAACAACCACACGGAGUGUCCCCGAUCGCCCACCGUCCAGAAGUGUGAGCUCAUCCACGUCGCAUGCGUUUGUGCCGGUCACAAUGCCAGCAGGGACGUGGUCACGCUGGUUAAAUCUGUCCUCUUUCACAGGAGAAAUCCUCUUCACUUUCAUUUCAUCACAGACACAGUAGCCAAUCGCAUCCUGAGUUCCCUAUUUCAGUCCUGGAUGGUCCCGUCUGUGCAAGUCAGCUUCUACGACGCAGAUGAGCUCAAGUCCGAGGUGUCGUGGAUACCCAACAAGCACUACUCAGGUAUUUACGGCUUGAUGAAGCUGACGCUAACCAAAGCUUUGCCCUCAGACCUGUCAAAGGUCAUCGUCCUGGACACGGACAUCACCUUUGCCACCGACAUCGCUGAGCUCUGGGGCAUUUUUAGGAAGUUCACCGAUAAACAGGUGAUAGGCCUGGUGGAGAACCAGAGUGACUGGUACCUGGGGAACUUGUGGAAGAACCAUAAACCCUGGCCUGCACUGGGACGAGGCUUCAACACAGGUGUGAUUCUUCUCUACCUGGAGCGACUGCGGCGAAUCGGAUGGGAGCAGAUGUGGCGGCUGACCGCAGAGAGGGAGCUAAUGAGCAUGCUCAGUACGUCGCUGGCUGAUCAGGACAUCUUCAACGCCUUCAUAAAGCAGAACCCGGUCCUGGUGCACCAACUGCCCUGCUUCUGGAACGUCCAGCUGUCUGAUCACACCCGCUCCGAGCAGUGCUACACCGAGGUGUCCGACCUCAAGGUGAUCCACUGGAACUCUCCAAAGAAGCUCCGUGUGAAGAACAAACACGUGGAGUUCUUCAGGAACCUCUACCUGACCUUUUUGGAGUAUGAUGGAAACCUGCUGAGGCGAGAGCUGUUCGGCUGCCCAAGUCAGGCCAGUCCAGAGACCGUCCAGCUGCAGGCAGCUCUGGAGGAGCUGGACGAGGAUGAUCAGUGUUACGACUUCCGUCGGGAGCGACUCACAGUUCACCGAGUGCACCUUUACUUCCUGCAGUACGAGUACACGCCCACCGAGGACGACACUGACGUCACACUGGUGGCCCAGCUGUCCAUGGACAGGCUGCAGAUGCUGGAGGCCAUCUGUAAGCACUGGGAAGGUCCCAUCAGUCUUGCGCUCUACAUGUCCGACGCUGAGGCUCAGCAGUUCCUACGCUACGCUCAGGCCUCUGAGGUCCUCAAGAACCGCAAGAAUGUCGGCUACCACAUCGUCUACAAGGAAGGCCAGUUCUACCCCGUUAACCUGGUGAGGAACGUGGCCCUGAAGAACGCCAACACGCCAUACGUGUUUCUGACCGAUGUGGACUUCCUGCCGAUGUACGGUCUCUAUGAUUACCUCAGAAAGUCUGUGGUGCAGCUGGACAUGGUUCACACCAAGAAGGCUCUGGUGGUUCCAGCCUUCGAGACGCUUCGUUACCGCCUGUCCUUCCCCAAAUCCAAAGCUGAGCUGCUCUCCAUGCUGGACAUGGGGACUCUCUACACCUUCAGGUACCAUGUGUGGCCCAAAGGUCAUGCUCCUACCAACUAUGCCAAAUGGCGAACAGCUACCACACCCUAUAAGGUGGAGUGGGAGCCAGACUUUGAGCCGUACGUUGUGGUGAGGCGGGACUGUCCAGAGUACGACCAGCGCUUCGUGGGCUUCGGCUGGAACAAAGUGUCCCACAUCAUGGAGCUGGAUGCACAGGAGUACGACCUGAUGGUCCUCCCCAAUGCUUUCAUGAUCCACAUGCCCCACGCUCCUAGCUUCGACAUCUCCAAGUUUCGCUCCAGCUCCAGCUACCGCAACUGUCUGAACACCCUGAAGGAUGAGUUCCACCAGGACCUGUCCAGGAAGUACGGCUCGGCUGCUCUCAAGUACCUCACUGCCCAGAGGAACAUCUAAAAAAACAAGAACAACACCGAUCUGCUGAGAGCCGGCGAGUCUGUCAGCCUCCAAGCUCCUGACCUGAGAGCUCGGACAUGUACCGGCGCAGCGCUGCGCCACGGGGCGCAUCACCGCUGGGCGCAAACAAUGACGGUAAAGCUUUACAGCCCUUAGGAACAUUGUUGGGCUCCUGUGCAUUAAUUCUCCAGUCGACUCCACCUCGAGGUGAUGAGACGCAGAGACGAAAAAAAAAAAAAGUGGCGGCGGAUCUCCCAAACGCAGGAUUCACUGUGGAUUCUGCCCAGUGUGGAUGUGAUGGGACUAGCUUUAAGGCCGGGAAAUAACAACCAUAUUCUUACAAUUUGUUCUGACAAUCAGGGCUUUAUUUUUUUCCAGAAGACACACUAUGGACUGGUGGAUAUCUGGACAUGAUGGGACAUGUGUUUUGGGGAAACAUUUAAAGAGAGACAUUUGAGUCAUAUUUGCAAGGCCAGUCGAACUGGAGAAAGAUUUAAGCCUUAUCACUUCCCAUAUACUGAGAUAUUUAAUGAUACUUCUCUUUUUUCCAGUGUAAAUCAGAACCAAUGAAAAAACAUUCACGUUGUUUUGAUUAACGACUUUACAUAAGAAUCAGUUUAUUUUUUCCUUUCUAUAUUUUCUGACGUCUUUAAAUGAAAAUCCAUCAUGUCCCUGUCAAGUUAUUUCUGUGAGCUUCAGGGAUGUGCUUUGUAUGUGUGUGUCUGAGUGUAUGAUCCAGCUGCAUCAUACAGCUCGUCUUCAACACGCUUACUGAUUGUCGUCAAUGUCAUCUCGCUUUUGUCUUGAUCAUAUAUUUGCUUGCAUGUAAAGAGUUGCACUACAUGUUCUUUUCGCAUAAGAAAAAUAGUCCGUUUUCUCCCUUAAUUCUUUCCACUGAAAGAAGCAAAAAUCUUCUACUGAUAGCAGAUGUAUCUGAUUGGGACCAACUCACGCGACCAACACGGACCGUACAGUGAGUUGUUAAUAAUAAAGCUGUCAGCUCUGAAAUCAAACUGCUGCACUCGGACGAAGGGCAGGAGCUUUUUCAGUUUCUUGUGUUUGUGCCAUUAUGUCUAAAAUGUGUCUGAUUCACUUGAUGUGUGUGCCAUCUACUGUACCAAAGUCCAACUGAAAUUACAAAAUUCAUAUCUUUCUGCAGUCUGUUCAAAGUCUGACUGAAAUUCAGCUUACAAACUAGAUCCAGGUUUUUUCGGGCAUAAUCGUCACAGAAUAAUUUUAGGGGUCCGACUGUCAUUUUUGGACUACCCAUGAAGACCUCUUCUGAGGGUAAAACUAAUUUGACUGUAGUUAACAAGUAAAGGAUAAAUGGCGUCAUUAAAGAAAAAUGACCAUUUUAUAUCUAAACUGACAAAUCUCAUAUCCAGUUUUUAAAUGUACGACUGCGUCAACUCACCGAUUAGCCGGAAUAAAUAAUCUGACAUCUCACAAUAACAGGUGGUUGUUAAUCACAUGACCAAAGCACCAUUGUAUGGGUACGCGAUUAGUGGACUGAGCUAACUGCUGUUCCUAAGGUGAAGAAUAAAGCUAAUUAGCACUAUAGCCUAUGUGUUCAGCAAAAGGAAAAUGUGUAAUUCAGUUUCAGUUGGACUUUAAUCUUCCUAAUUAAAUUAUUUCUUUUUAUCUUUUUUUCCUGACGAUGGCAGUGUAUUUGUCGAAUAAUCUCAACUGAGUGUAGUAACACGGUCCCCAGAGGGGGAUUUUAGUGUCUGUAGACUAAAUGUGAGUUAUUUGAGUUUGAGUUGAGUUUGAUUGACCAAAUCUUUGGCCCCUGACAAACUAUUUGAAAAGUUAUUGGCCUGAUAUUCUGUUGUAGAUUCAAGCUCCCCAAAGGAUGAUAUUGUUUUUAGGUCCUUUCCCCGAAGCGUAGGACAAACCUUACUUCAGCUCCAAUAAUAGAAGAAUGGUGGCCUCUCGGGGACCGACAGCAGAGCUGAAGGCUUUUUGUUUUUUAAUCAUUCGCCUCCUCUUUUAAUCUUCUCACUUCCAUUUGUGUUAAAGAACACUGUGUCCCUUUUAUUUUCUCAAUCCCUAUCUGCAUUCGGACAAAAGGCGAGCGGAGCCGAAUCGAUUCGAAUCUCGUAGAAUUUCCACACAGGAUGAGGCCGAACGAGGAGCACGAUGGCGUGGCAGCGUACGUGACGGCCGCGGGCUCAGACAGAAUUAGGUUUGUUGAGGAAUGAACUGUGCCCCCCUCCCCCCGCUGCCAUCCACGCCGCCUCCAUUGACUUGUUGUUGAUUGUGGUAAAUGCUAGUGCCUUUGCUGUAUUGUGAAACUGGAUAUUGAUUGUACUGUUGUACCGACAGGGCCUGGGCCUGGUCAGGCACUCUAUUUAUUAUUGUUGACUCAAAUCAAUCAUAUUUUUCUAUAUAAGUGCUUUAAAUAAAUUUGCCCUUUUUUAAUCA